AUGUCAGACUUGUGCAUGUACGGGUUCGAAGAUAUAGUUUGGGAUGAAUAUUACCAGAAUGAAGAUCAUAUAGUGCCUCAUCCCGGUGAACAGGCCAAAGAAAUUUCCUUUCAGGGUGAUAGUUGCAAGAAACCUCGCUAUGAAGUAACUGGUAUUUCAAGAAGUUAUGGAGAUAAAUCUGCUGCUAAACAUGUAGGUCAGGAGAAAGAACAAGGAAAUCUUUCAGCUUCUAUUAGUAGAAAGAACACUAUGUUGGAGAAGGAUUCAUGGUCUCGCACACCCCACAGUACAUUCCUCUCUCCAACUGUUCAUGACACAAUCAAAGAGGCUUCAAGUGCGGCAUCUGACAAUACCAGAAUAUCAAGUCAUGGCUUCAACGGUAAUAAUUUAGAUUCCAAUGGUAGCGAAGCUUGUGCAAAUGAUCCCACUCUCAAUGACGAGUGCACUGCGGUUGAGAACAACUCUUUUAGUUAUCCGCUCGGUGACAUUUCUCAAACAGACGAUCUGAAUUUCUUUGACAAAAAUCCUGAGGAUGAGGAUUCUAGCGAUCUCUUAUGUUAUGAUUGGCCUGAAAUAGGAAAUUUUGACGAUGUCAACGGGGUGUUUAGAAGUUGCAAUUCAACAUUUGGACUUGGGGUGGAUCAAGAAGAUGAAUUAAGUUGGUUUUCAUCAGAUGAUGCUAUAGGAGGAUCCAGUGAUAUUCUGAAGUCAGAUUUUAAGUUUUUCUGUCCCGAGUCGAAGGCAAUGGAAAAUAUUUCAGAAAACCAUGACCCCUCAAUGGUAAAUGGAAGCUAUUCUACUAAUGAUACUACCAGAUCAACUGCAUCCAUUUUGUGCUCAGAGAGAGAUGAAUCUGCUUCUUGUAUGUCCUUUGUGAAUGGAUCAACUACAUCUGACAGAAAAGAAGAGGUCAUGCCCACAGAAAAGGAAAUAGGACAAAAUGGUAAAAUACAACCCAAUAUUUCAACGAAAAACUGCUACGAGACUGGAAGCAACAGAAUGAUCAAUGAGCAUAAACAGCAGUCAAAGCAACAGAACCGUUCUCAGAGGAAAAGAAAAGAACAAUGCACUGGAAAUGGUUGUUUUUAUUAUGUUUGCAACCUGCCAAAUGAAGUUAGGCAUCUUCCUUCUGGGGACACAUCUGAUGAAACUUUACAAUCUAUGGCUAGUCAACAUCAACAGAAGGCUCUAGUUCCAGAUUCAUGUGAUUACCCACAGAAUACUUUUCCUUACGUGCAUUUAGAUAGCAGUCAUUUGCCAGAUAAAACUUUGGUGCAUGCACCUUCAUCUGCUAUCAGAUCUGAGCAUGAUGACUUGGCAUUCCUUUCACCAAGGGAGCCAUCCUAUGCCUCCAGUCAAUUCGUGCAAAAUUCCGGCGAUCCUUCAUUUCAGGUGGCUGCUACAGCAGGCUGUGUAAAAAAAGAAAGGCUAGAUAAUCAUCAAGGUAGUCAGUCCACCAUACUCGAUCCCAUUUCACUAGAAAAGAGAGUUCACCGUUCUGGAGAUAAAUUUGAAAAUCAGAGUGAUGUUGAUGGAGUCAGCAUGGUGAUUCCAGCAGAAUUCUGCUCGUCAAAUAUACAAGAGAGCUCAUCCAUGAACUCAGAUUUGGAUGAUAUUUCAAUUGAAGCAGCUAGUUUCGAACAUCUUCAGUUGGUCAUGGAACAGUUGGACAUGAGAACGAAAUUAUGCAUACGGGACAGUUUAUAUCGUUUGGCUAGGAAUGCUGAACAAAGAUUUACCCAUGCAAACCCCAAUGGUGGCUGCAAAGAUGAGAAAGAUGCCAGUGGAGCACUCAUGGCAGAGGGAUCAAACAAGUGCACUGGAUUUAUGGAUAUGGAAACUGACACAAAUCCUAUAGACCGGUCUAUCGCUCACUUACUGUUUCACAGGCCUUCAGACUUGUCUUCUAUACCUGUCAAUGACUCAUUUGCUUUCAGGUCACCAAGCAUGGUUCAUGGACCCAUCACCAGCAUUCCUUUAACGGAUGAGAAACCUAUCAAUAAUGAAGAAACUGCUGUUGCUGAAACAGAGAAAAUCGUUUCUUGA